AUGCGAGGGAGAUGGUCAGCAUCUUGCUAUCUCGCCCUUAUCCUCUUCCCGUCGUACAGCUUGUCCGCCUCCUCCUACUCUAGAGAUUAUGCCGUACCUUUUUCUGGCACCGAGCUGCCGACUUACGUUCGGAUGGCCCCUCCGGUGAACAUGGAAGGCUUCGCACACUUCAGCUUGGACAUGAAGGAACUGGAGGCGAGGAUGAUGGAUCGAGGAGCGAAGAAGAAGGAGACUGUCGUUGUGGGGCAGGAGUGGAACUUGCACACUGGGGAAACGUUCACUCGCGCCAUGACUGUUCGGACCCUCCUGGACAGCGAUGAGAGCACGCGCAACCUGCGCAAGCUCGUCUGGCAGGAGAGGUGGAGGAAGUUGGACGCGAGUCCAGCACGUCAGGGUCGGAAGCCCCAGCCAGUUGCACCCGACGGUUCGAUCAGGUGGGGAAGGAAGGAGGCACGAGGAGCCAGCGAGAGCCACGUCGAGAAGCUCGUCCAUGAACCGGAAGAGCACUCGGUCUACCAGCAGAAGUUCUGGCCCUGCAUAACACGGUCUCUCAGUGUUGAGCUGCCGCAGAAGGACAGGAAGCAUCAUGCAGAGAUCUUCUGCUCGGUUGCAGUGGGAGAGGGAGGUCAACAUCGCGGGUUCGACACGGAAGCCUCAUCGACGCAGUGA